AUGUGUCCCGACCCCCAGACCAGUAAAGCCUCAUCCUCUUCACGGGAAGGAGCAGAUAAAGCAGGCAAACCACCCAGGAACUCUACCGUACUCGUACUGCAGGAAGCCAAAACGUCAUCAAAUAAAUCUGGACAAAUAACUGAACAAGAAAUGGAUGAUCUAUUACGCGGACUACCCAGGGAGAUACCGGCAGCAAGUCUGCCACGAAUAUCCCUUCGUAUUGUGAAAGAGUUAGAGGAGUUGGGUGUGGCGUUUGAUACACAACAAUUGGACUAUCAAGUUGUGGACUCCAAACUCGAACAACUUCUAACCACCCGGAUCGAGCGGGGAGAUGAUCAAGCCCCGUUUCAGUUGGGUCAAAUUUUUUUUGAAAAGGCGGAAGCAUGCAAGUUGUUCAUGGAGCUAACGGAAUUGAAAUUCGGGCCCAAGUAUCCUACUGGACAAAGGGAGCUUGUGUAUCACGCAGCCUAUAACCUGGGAAGAGCCUAUCAUCAAGGUUUUGGAGUUUAUCCUUCGGAUGAAAAAGCUCUUGAAUAUUUCCUUCUUGCCGCAAACGAAGGAGACAAGACUGGGUGCGUUUAUGCCCAAACUGCUCUGGGGUAUUUGUAUUCGGGCGAAGAUCUACGCGAUUUGAAGAAGUCUUUCUACUGGCAUUCCGAAGCGUGCGGUAACGGGAGUGUCGAAUCCCAAGUAGCUGCAAUCGGAGUCAUGUAUUUGUACGGUUUGGGUGUUGAGCAGGAUUGGAAUAAUGCAUUAAUCUGCCUAUCGGAAGCCGCCAAUCGGGGCAGCCUGUACGCAAAGGCAUCACUGGUAUACCUCUACUACAAGCGGAAAAUGUACUCGAACGCGGCCGCACUGGCAAACAACAUCAAAUUCGAUUCAGCUCUCGCUUGUCGAUACCAGCGUAUGGUUCAACUGGGCGAACUGUGA